GAAAGAAAGGGAAAAGGCCGCCCUCGGGAGGGCAGACAAAAUGGCGGCCGCGGAGCGGGAGGUGGAGGUGGAGGGGAGAGAAUGCCCGAAAGGGGAGGCGAGGCGCCGCCUGAGGGAGCUGGAUGUGGCCGACAAGUUCUCCCGCUUGCCGCUGCCCAAAGCCUCGGUGCUGCUGCCGCUGGUGGUGCGGGCCGGGCGGCUGUGCUUGCUGCUCACCCUGCGGGCCCCGCAGGUGUGUGUCCGUGCUCUGCCCUCCCUGUAGGUGGAAGGCACCCAUGGGUGCCCUGGGGACAGCCCCCGGUCGGUGGGGUGGUAGCAGAUGGCUUCCAGCUGAGAAGAUCACCAGGGGAAGUGUGUUUUCCAGGAGGUAAAAGUGAAGAAAAUGAUAAAGAUGAAAUUGAUACUGCUCUCCGAGAAGCCAAGGAAGAAGUGGGACUACCGCCAGAGAAGGUGGAAGUCAUCUGUAGGCUUGUGCCUGGAAUCGAUAAAAUGAAUUACUUGGUAACACCAGUUGUAGGAUUUAUAGAGGAUACAUUCCAGGCCACUCCUAAUCCAGAUGAAGUGAGUGAUGUUUUUGUCAUGCCACUGGAGUAUUUCAUCAAGCCCUUAAAUUACAUGACCUUGCCUUAUAAAACCUCAUCUGGUUACUUAACCUGGAUGCACUGCUUUACAUAUUAUGACCAUGAACGCAAUAAGUCAUUCAAGAUAUGGGGACUUACUGCACAUUUUGCUGUAUUUCUUGCUCUUGUAGUUUUUAGAACAAAACCUACCUUUGAGGUUGAUUAUGAUCUUGACAACUUAAUUGCAUCUGCUGAGAGUAAGUUCAUGAAUUUAUAUGCAUCUUUAAAUGAAAAGAAGAGGAGUAAUCUAUGACAAACUGGUGUGACAAUUAAUCUGUACUGAAGGAGGAAAAGGGUUUUGGUUUAUUCUCUUUGUAUCUGUUAUGUGAUUGAAUUUCACAUUUGCACUUAUGCUGAAUUGGGAACAUAGUAAAGUUUAUUUUUAAAUAGAAGUCUUAAGUUGUCAAACCCUAACUAGAUUCAUAUAAUUGUACCUGUUUUAGAAUUGUCAAAUGUGCACAGUAUUUUUAAUGGACUUAGCAUACAGAUUCAAAAGGUCUAGUUUAAUUACUGCCUUUGCCUGUGAUCCAAGACUGACUUUCUAUGUUUUGUUCUUCUAUUUAAUGAGAUAAUACUUUUUUUCUAAUUUGUCUGUUUGAAUUAAAAUAUAAAAAACUCUCUGGUAUCUGUCUGUCUAUUACUCUGUGAUGUACUACAUAUGGGUAACAACUCAUACAGUCUUGUUUGGUAUCUUUACAAGGAAGUGAUACAAAAUCACUUACAAAAUGCAUAAUAAAACUUUAAAAAGUGG